AUGGGAAAUAAGAAGAAAGAUGAAUCUGGGAUACCGAUCGAAAAUGAAACUCCCAAAACUGUUCCGGCAGCGAGUUUGCCGAAACCCUUGACAUUACUCGAGAAGAAUUACUUAUUAGCAGUAGAAAGAGGAGAUUUAGCCAAUGUCAGACGAAUUUUACAGAAGGCGCAUCUCACGAAGAACAUCAAUGUGAAUUGUUUGGACAGCCUCGGUCGAGGGGCCCUCAUGCUGUCGAUCGAUUCGGAGAACCUAGAGAUGGUCGAGCUGCUGGUCAUCAUGGGCGUGGAGACUAAGGACGCGCUGCUCCAUGCGAUCAACGCCGAAUUCGUCGAAGCCGUCGAACUGCUCCUCGAACACGAGGAACUGAUAUAUAAGGAAGGCGAACCAUAUAGUUGGCAGACGGUAGAUCCUGAAACGGCAACUUUCACUCCCGACAUUACACCUCUAAUUUUAGCAGCUCAUAGGAAUAAUUAUGAAAUUAUCAAAAUACUAUUGGAUAGAGGCGCAACGCUACCAAUGCCACACGAUUUAAAAUGCGGUUGUGAUGAUUGUAUAAGAAAUCUAAGCGAGGAUUCAUUGCGAUUUUCGUUAGCCCGAUUAAAUGAAUAUAGAGCACUUGCCAGUCCAUCUUUAAUAGUACUCUCUUCUACAGAUCCUAUAUUAACGGCUUUUCAACUAUCCUGGGAAUUGAGAAACUUGGCAUUUUCCGAACAAGAGUGUAAAACUGAAUAUCUAGAAUUAAGAAGACAAUGUCAACAGUUUGCCGUCGAUCUGUUACAUCAGUCGAGAAGUUCCCAAGAAUUAGCAAUAAUAUUAAACCACGAUCCAAACGGUAAACCCUACGUCGAUGGUGAACAUAUGAAUCUAGCCCGGCUUGAACUCGCUAUAAAUUAUAAACAGAAAAGGUUCGUAGCUCAUCCGAAUAUUCAGCAACUACUUGCGGCGAUUUGGUACGAGGGCGUUCCUGGAUUUAAACGCAAGAGUGUUACCCAGAAAAUUUUUAUAAUCAGCAAAGUAGCGAUGCUUUUUCCAUUUUACUGCAUGCUCUACAUAGUAGCUCCAGACUGCCCUACUGGAAAAUUAAUGCGAAAACCGUUCAUGAAGUUUUUAAUACACGCCUCGUCAUAUCUAUUUUUCUUAUUUAUUCUAAUUUUGGUAUCUCAAAGAGCCGAAGUGAAAGUAAUAGAAUUUUUUGGAACGGAAUCGAUGAGAAAAGCUUUAGAAGAGAAAUUGCAAAAGCAACGUGGUAAUGGGCCAACGUUACUUGAAUAUUUGGUGAUAAUUUAUGUACUCGGAUUUAUAUGGGAAGAAACAAUCGAAAUAUAUCUAGUAGGCAUACGAUGUUAUUUAAGGAAUAUGUGGAAUUUCAUAGACUUCACCAGAAACUUGCUAUAUUGUGCAGUAGCAUUAUUACGUACGAUUGCUUAUGUUCAACAAAUACGAGAAAUCAAUAGAAAUCCUGAUACGAUCUAUAUACCGAGAGAGGAAUGGGACGAUUUUGACCCACAGUUGAUUGCUGAAGGUCUUUUCGCUGCUGCCAAUAUCUUCAGCGCCUUGAAACUAGUCCACUUAUUCUCAAUCAAUCCACAUUUGGGACCAUUGCAAAUUUCCUUAGGACGAAUGGUUAUUGACAUUAUAAAGUUUUUCUUUAUAUACAGCCUAGUGCUUUUUGCAUUUGCCUGUGGAUUGAAUCAAUUACUUUGGUACUUUGCUGAUUUGGAAAGGAGCAAAUGCUACAUACUGCCGGGUGGCCUACCGGAUUGGGCAAAUCAUGCUGACGCUUGUAUGAAAUGGCGAAGUUUUGGCAAUUUGUUCGAGUCAACACAAUCUUUAUUUUGGGCUAGCUUCGGCAUGAUAGGUCUCGAAAAUUUUGAAUUGAGUGGCAUUAAGUCGUACACGAGAUUCUGGGGCUUGCUUAUGUUUGGUUCAUACAGCGUGAUAAAUGUUAUAGUGCUCUUGAAUCUUUUAAUAGCUAUGAUGUCGAAUUCUUAUGCUAUGAUUGAUGAACAUUCUGAUACAGAAUGGAAAUUUGCUAGGACGAGACUAUGGAUGAGUUAUUUUGAGGAAAGUGCUACUCUUCCGCCACCUUUUAAUAUAUUUCCUACGCCGAAGCUGUUUUGCAAACUGAUUGGAGUUCGUAAGCACAGCCACUUUAAGCGAAUGUCUACCAAGAGUCGUAAGAACGAAGAGAGAGAGCGCGACCAUCGAUACACGACCGUGAUGCGUUCGUUGGUCUGGCGCUACGUUUCCGCGAUGCACAGGAAGUGCGAGGAGUGUCCGGUCACCGAGGACGACGUCAACGAAAUCAAGAGCGACAUAUCGACGAUGCGCUACGAAAUUCUCGAAGUUUUCGAAAGGAAUGGCAUGGACGUGUCGUCGGCCGAGAAAAAAGAGAAAGCCGUACUAGGUAAAAAAAUGAAAAUCUGGGAACGACGUCUCAUGAAAGACUUCCAAGUAGUUCCAGUGACGACAGACGAAGAAACAAACAUUCUUUUGAUACCACCAGAAAAUGAGACUUCGAUAGCUAAGUUCCGUCGAGUUGCCAAAAUGGUCGUUGAUAACUCUAAUGUUCAAGUCGACAAGUGGAAUAGCGUAGUUAAAGAAGCUUGCCAAAACUCGCAAAUAGGGCGGUGUCAUAAUCGCCAAUCGUUCAGAAAACAACAACAAUUAAAAGAAGCAAUGGAGGCUGCUAAGAAACAAGUAUUUUCUGCUCCUCUCCAGGAUAUUUUAAAGUCGCCGGCAGUUGCCGACAAUAUUAGAUCUUUACAACAACUACUUGAAGGUGAUGGAGAAAAAUCUCCAACGAUUGCUUGCUCAAUCAAUCAGAAAACCGACCAAGUCACACUAGUAAAAGAACCUGUAGAAACAAGUGGAUCACAGCCAUGUUUGGAGCAACCAGAUAAUACCAAGAAAACUGAAAAUGGAACUGAACAGCAUGCUGUAUCAAUAUCUAUCUUAGAAGAUCAGCCAAAUGUACCUGUAGGCACAACGGUUUCAAUAAUUAAUGUUAAAUCUUCGCAAGAUAUCAACAAAUUCACAAACAUUAAACAAAUACCAGAACCUGAUAAUGUUCAAAAACCUAGUAAAUCUGCAUCAGGACAUAAAGUUGAAGAUAUACAAAUAGCUAAAUCUAAACCAAAGCCUGGCUGGAUUUAAUA